GUGACCAUAUGGGUCAUUUCAGCAGUCUACAACAUCCCGCUGCUGGUCAUCUUCGAUACGUUUGUGGUAUCCUCAGAAAAGGGAGAAGAUAUUAUGUUCUGCAACAUCCGCAGCGAUAUCAUCAACCUGAGAGUCUACUUCACUGUCAACUUCGUCAUCUGGUACGCCGUUCCUUUGAUCAUCAUGUCCGUCGUGUAUGCCAUCAUCUCGUUAACGCUGUGGCAUUCAGGGGCAAUCUUCAACCAGCAGAAUCUAGACACAAUAAGUAAAGCCAGCUCCACAAGGAUGAUGCCUCUAGAACGCGAUCAUCGACUGCUUGGGAACCCAUCUUCCUCCAGCAGCUACAGCGACGGAGCUGCUCAUAACAGUGUUGGAGAAAGCAGCCACUGUGACAGUAGCGGAAACAUGGGAUGUGAGCUCUGUCGAAUGAAUACCAUUAAUUCAAAAGGCCGAUGUUGCGUCAGCUACACAGAUAUUUCUGAUCGUUUCCACUUCAACGGCCAUGACGAUUUUGGUCGAGCGCCAACAGGACAAACAGUCUUCAACAGCAGCAUGUGUGACGCAGUCCAGCCAAUGCUCUCCCUGUGCGAUUAUGGCAAUCCCCUGUUUCGCUAUUCUUCAAAUGUAGAAUCUCGACGGGGUGACGAUGUUCGACAUUUUGGCAAGCCACAAUUUUCCACUCGCAUUUCCUGUGACCACAGUACCAAGAACAACUCCAUUGAGAUGACAUACUUGACUUCGCCGUGCCUUCAAUACAACCGGGCCUCCCACAAACGUACAAACGGAGUCUCGCACCCGACACCCCCAGUAGUAAACCACAAUCGGCGAGCUACUCGCCGCCAAUCUUUUCAGUCAGAUACGGACUCGAGCCCGGGACAAACGUCAACAUUCGACACAAACGUUAAGCGCUAUCAGCCAGCCAUGUCAUUUCGAGUGCUUUCUUCCCGGCGGAAAGUCGUUCGACUUUUGGUUUUGGUUCUCUUAACCUUCGCCGUCUGUGUGCUUCCCCAUCAUGUUCGCUUGCUCAUGUUUUACUGGAACGUCUAUCAAGUCACGUCAUUUGGAUCCACGUUUUUUCCGCCAAUGGCUUUUAUCUGCAUGUACCUUAACUCAGCCCUUAACCCACUUCUCUACAGUUUGUUCUCUGAGAGCUUCAGACGCAGCUUACGCGAGUGUACCCGUCGUGCUUGCCAGAGAAGCAAAGCAUUUAUCAGAACAACAUUUACCUUGCUUUGCAGACGAUGUUGA